UUAACCCCGUCCUGACCGGGGCGGAGCGUGGCGUCCCAGCGUGGGUCCACCUGCCAAGGACUAAGGAAAUUUGGUUUCCUCCCUAGUCAGAGGAAAAAAUAAGGAGAACAGAUGAAAAAGUAAAGUCUGAAGAUUCCCAGAAAGCAGCGCUAGCUUUGGCCAACAAGAAGCUAUUUCCUGUUUCAAGAAGAUCUAAGUGCAGCAAUGAGCAGCAACGAGUGUUUCAAGUGUGGACGCUCUGGCCAUUGGGCCCGAGAAUGCCCUACUGGAGGAGGCCGUGGCCGAGGAAUGCGGAGCCGUGGAAGAGGUGGUUUUACCUCAGCGAGAGGUUUCCAGUUUGUUUCUUCAUCUCUUCCAGACAUCUGUUACCGUUGUGGUGAGUCUGGUCAUCUUGCCAAGGAUUGUGAUCUUCAGGAGGAUGAAGCCUGCUAUAACUGCGGUAGAGGUGGCCACAUUGCCAAGGACUGCAAGGAACCGAAGCGGGAGAGAGAGCAGUGCUGCUACAACUGUGGCAAGCCCGGCCACUUGGCUCGAGACUGCGACCAUGCAGAUGAGCAGAAGUGCUAUUCAUGUGGAGAGUUUGGGCACAUUCAGAAAGAUUGCACCAAAGUGAAAUGCUAUAGGUGUGGUGAAACUGGUCAUGUAGCCAUCAACUGCAGCAAGACAAGUGAAGUCAACUGUUAUCGCUGUGGCGAGUCAGGGCAUCUUGCACGGGAAUGCACAAUUGAGGCUACAGCUUAAUUAUUUUCCUUUGUCGCCCCUCCUUUUUCUGAUUGAUGGUUGUAUUAUUUUCUCUGAAUCCUCUUCACUGGCCAAAGGUUGGCAGAUAGAGGCUACUCCCAGGCCAGUGAGCUUUACUUGCCGUGUAAAAGGAGGAAAGGGGUGGAAAAAUCGACUUUCUGCAUUUAACUACAAAAAAAUGUUUAUGUUUAGUUUGGUAGAGGUGUUAUGUAUAAUGCUUUGUUAAAGAACCCCCUUUCCGCGCCACUGGUGAAUAGGGAUUAACGAAUGGGAAGAGUUGAGUCAGACUAGGAAACCUUUCUGGGUUUCUUGGAUGUGAUCCCAUGCAGGAGGUAAAACAGAUUCUGGAAGUGUCUUUGAGCUUCCAUAAGUAACUUUAAUUGUAGUAUAAUGAUGGCCUUGGAUUGUCUGACCUCAGUAGCUGUUAAAUAACAUCGAGUAACAUCUGUAUCAGGCCCUACAAUAGAGCAUCUAGUCGAGUGGGAGUAAAAAGAUGUAUAUGCCUGUUAAUGGCCAUGAGAGAGAGAGAAAUCAGGAAAAAAAACCUAAACAGUAACAACUCCGUCGCAAUGUGAAUGCUGGAGAUACAGAUGGUGAAGGCAAGGUUUGAAAUAAAUUUUUCAAAAACUAAAACUAAAACCCAGAGUAAACAUCAAUGCUUCAGAGCAAGCAUAAUUUGGAGCUAUUCAGGAGUUGCAGAGAAAUGCAUUUUCACAGAAAUCAAGAUGUUAUUUUUGUAUACUAUAUCACUUAGACAACUGUUGAGUUUUAUUUGCUGUAAUCAGUUUUUAAAAGUCAGAUGGUAAAAGCAACUGAAGUCCUAGAACAUAGAAAUGUAAUUUUAAACUAUCAAUAAAGCUGGAGGAGGAAGGGGAGUUUGACUAAAGUUCCUUUUGUUUAUUUCAAAUUUUCAUUAAUGUACAUAGUGCAAAAUGCCGUAUUAAAGAGGGGACUGUGGAGGACUGAAAA